AUGAAGAGGCAGGGUCUGAGUGAAGUGAUGGAGCCUCCGAUGAAGAGACACUCAGACGAAUGGAGCUGGGAGCAGGAGGCGACAGGAGGCGACAGCGCUGACAAAUGGGUCCAGGAUGAGCUAGUCCUCGCAGAGUCCUCACAGAGUCCUCACAGAGUCCUCAAUAAGUCCUCGCAGAGUCCUCGCAGUCCUCACAGAGUCCUCACUGAGUCCUCACAGAGUCCUCACAGAGUCCUCACAAAGUCCUCACUGAGUCCUUGCAGAGUCCUCACUGAGUCCUCACAGAGUCCUCACAGAGUCCUCACUGAGUCCUCACAGAGUCCUCACUGA